AAGAGUGUUUUAAAAUGAGUUACUAAAUGCAAUCACCAUUAGAAUAUCGCCGCUUCUUCUCACAUUUAAAAAGUGACGCUAUGAGGUGAGGAUUCUGAAACACCCUUACGAACGGAGGCUAUCAAACACUUCGACUUUACGAUAAACAAUACUUAGGAAAAAUAAACGAAAAAAUUAUCAAAGUUCAACAGUGACUGACUGAAUGAAGACAGAAAUUUAUUGAAUCUUUAAAGAAGUAUAAACGAAAUUUAACCCAAAAAGAGGAGACUUCAAUACUUAUCUACUGAGAAAGUUAACGACAUGGAACUCUCCAACUCAACACUGGUGGACUUUACUAAGACCGCCAUAAUACUUGUCUCGGGCAUAGCUAUAGUAAUCUCGAAUGUGCUUAUUAUAGUGGCAAUUCGUAAUUUUCGAGAAGCCGCCCAUUGUUAUUUGUUAUCACUAGCUGUAGCUGAUCUGCUAUGCGGUUUAUUCAUAGUUCCUCUGUCGGUGUAUCCCUCAAUAACAGGAAAAUGGGAGUACGGCUCUCUGGCAUGCAAUUUUGUGGGUUAUCUCGAAGUUAUACUGUGGUCAGUUACCAUUUACACAUUGAUGUGGAUAUCGUUCGAUAGAUACCUUGCUAUUAGCAGACCUCUACAUUAUCAACAAAUUCAAACGAAAACUAGGUGCCAAUGUUGGCUGGCAUUGACAUGGAUAUUAUCAGCGUUACUCUGUUGUCCACCAUUACUCAGCUACCGUGAGCCUAUUUUUGACGACAGAGCAUUUAUCUGCAAACUAGAUUGGGAACAAAUGCCUGGUUACAGUGUAACGGCUGCAAUUCUAGUUCUCGGUCCCAGCAUUCCUCUGAUAAUUCACAGUUUGCUGCACAUAUUCUUCAUCGAACGAAGAUUAUCGGUUGAACCUAUUCAUGACCGAGUACAUGUGCAGGCAUCGGCUAAAUAUCUAGCUGAACCCAGUCACAAAAUGGCAUUCGCGUUGGUUGCAAUGUUUUGUGUGUCGUGGUGUCCGUUCAUUUUUGUGCGAAUGUUCGAACUAUGUUUUGGCAAGGUUGACACGCCAAUUUUAAGCUUCAGCAUUGUUUGGCUGGGCGCAUUGAAUUCAUUCUGGAAAGUGUUCAUCAUUUCGGCGACGUCUCCGCAGAUUCGAUCGGCAUUGAGGGGAUUUUGUCUGCCCACAUUUUGCAUGACAGAGGAACGAACACAAGACGUGUCGAUUGGUUUAGAUCCGCUUGAAUGAAUACAUCAAAUUUUGCCUAUUUUUUCUCUCGUUUCGUCAUUGAAUUGUUUACUUAAA